AUGUCUGCCAACAUGUCCAUUAUCUCUGCCUCGGCUGCCUGCCCUCCUGCUGGUCCCUACUCCCAAGCCAUCCGCGCCAACGGCCAGAUCUUCGUCUCCGGCCAAAUCCCCGCCGACUCUUCCGCCAACCUGGUCCAGGGCAACAUCGGCGAGCUGACCCAGGCCUGCUGCGACAACAUCAAGGCUAUCCUUGACGCCGCCGGUUCCUCCGUGUCCAAGAUCGUCAAGGUCAACGUCUUCCUGACUGAUAUGGCCAACUUUGCUGAGAUGAACGCCACCUACGAGAAGUUCUUCGUUCACAAGCCUGCUCGUAGCUGUGUUGCUGUUCACCAGCUGCCCAAGGGCGUGCCUGUUGAGAUUGAGUGCAUUGCUCUUGAGUAA